GGAAUUUCGGACCGCAGGUUUGAGUCCUUGGUUCUAUUUGGCAGGACCAGCUGUUUUGGGGUUUCCCUAGAGGCGGUUUCUCCCCUCCUUAGGCCAUGACCAGCAUGGAGCGGGGUGCCCAGUGGCAGCGAGCGCUGCAGCUGCUAGCGGACAGCAACAUCCCGGACCAGGUGCUGCUGUGUGGUGCCAUCAGCGCGCUGGAGGGAGCAGGCGGGCGCUGGGAGCAGGUGCUGUGCUUGCUGGCGGAUGCUCGGCGCUGGCAGAUCCCGGUGAACCUGGUGAUGCGCAGUGCAGCCGUCAGCGCCUUUGAGAAGGCAUGCGAGUGGCAGCGUGCGCUGCUGCUCUUUUCUGGGCCGGCGGAUGCCAUCCUGUGCAACGCCGGGGUCUCGGCCUGUGAGAAGGGCCUCGCCUGGGAGCUGGCGCUGCGCCUCGCCGAGGGCGGAGCUCUGGCCGGCUGCAACGCCGCCCUGGCCGCCGCGGCGCGGGGCUCCGCAUGGAAGCAGUGCUGCGCGCUGCUGGCGGCCAUGUCGCGCCGCCGGCUUCGCCCCGACGCGGUGACCCGCGCCGCGCUCCUCGGUGCGGCGCAGAGCACGGCGCCGCGCGCGUGGGCGAAGGA